AUGCCUGGCUCCUCUGCCAGUUUUUCUCUGUCCGGGAGAAUCUCUCUGUACUCCUCUUCCUCUCUCCCCCCUCGCCCCUCUGUUCCUCCUCCUCCCCCUCCUCCUCCUUCUCCUCCUCCUGCUAAGACUAAGGCCAAGGCUAAGUCCAAGGCUAAGGCAAAGGCCAAGGCUAAGGUUAGGUCUAAGUCUCGCUCUGCUACUAAGCUCCCUAAGCCUUACUCUGCUCCUGCUGUUCCGCGCCUGGUUCCUGUUUCUUGGCUCCGCACUGUGCAUCCUGGCAGGCUCCUCUCUCACCCUCCUCCUUCUGCUUACUCUACUCCUCCUCAGCGCACCUCUGCUCCUCCUCCUCGCUCUGCUCUUCCUCCUCCUCGCCCUGCCCCUCCUCCUCCCGGGCGUCUCCAGCUCACCUCUCUGACUGACUCUUGGUUCGCUCCUCCGUGCGUCCCCAAAGUUCCCAGACGCACUCUUUCCUCUAAGCCUAAGACCCCUCCUCUCGCUAAAGCUAACCCUGCUCCUGUUGUCCCACAGUCGGAGCCUGCCCCCCCCCAUCCCGAGACCUUCCUCGGACCGGCCCGUGUCUAA